AUGGACUCCCCCAUAGACACUCGUUCCCAUGGCCGCCCCAUUCGUCCCCUUUCCGGCUUGCGACCUGCUUCCAGGGAAAGCAUGAGCGCCAGUUCGACACGUACCCGGAACAGCAACACCAAUAGCAACAACCAAACACAUGCGCAAGACCGCUCCCGACCCUCCCGUCCGCCGAGCUCUUCCAAGCAACAUAAAGUCCACUCCUCCCGUGAUCGCGCUGACAUCCUGGCCUUGCCCCCCAUGUCAGAAUAUUUGCAAGAACGGAUCGAACGGACACGAAAGAUGGAGGCCGAACGAGCUUCCGGGAAACAGCCCAUCGAGAGGCCGAAGACUUCUGCCGGCUUUACCAGUCCGAUCGCUUCGCCAACAGAAUCAAUAGCAACGGGUGGCAAGGGCCGGCUCCCACCCACCAUCGCCUCGGAAAUCAGUGACAAGAAAAAGGAACGCCAGCCACCAUGCAUGAAGGAUGCCCAGGACCUCUUGUCCAAGCUACACAAACAAAACUUCGACCUCAAACUGGAACUCUUCCAUCGACGCGAGAAGCAGACGGCUUUGGAGGAGCUAAUAGAGAAGCUGGAGCUGGAGAAAGAGCAGUUGAGGAGUGAACAAAGGGAGACACAGGACAUCAAUGACGUCUUGCUGGAAGAGCUGGAGAAGAAGGACAAGGCGGUUGAGGAAGCCGUGGCCAUGAUCGUUACUCUUGAGUCACGGAUAGAGAAUCUGCUCAAGGAACGGGAAAUGGUUAGGCAGGUUGAGGCGGAAGGAUUCUACAGGUCGGAACACAACUCCUCUCGUCCAAUCUCAAGGAACGAAACGCCGGAUACCCCCAGGGCCAGCGAACAAAAGGUUCUUCAUCGCAUGCCGAGUUUCCUGACUGAGCCAACGGAGAACACUGAGAACCUUCGAAACGUCUAUCUCGGAACGCGAGCUAGUGAGCUGGGCCUGGGCCGGUUGUCGGAGGAGGAAUCACCAGAGACAAAUCGGAGCGAGUUCAAUAAGGUUGGUAGCCCAGCAUUAAGUCUUCUCAGCGAGAGUUCCUUCUUAAGCAUCUACGGUCAGAACAAGGCCAGCCCUUCGCUCCGGCCGCAGAGCCCACCGCAUGUGGAUGGGGCUGAAGAGCGCCUGACUUCAAUGUCAUCCCGAAACUCGCCAAUGCCCGAAGAUACUCCGUCCAAAUCCCGCCAUCGUCCACUGUCGCCGAUAGCUACGAGCAGGUCAAGCCCAUUCCGCAAGAGCCAACUUGGACUUGGCAUUGACAAGGCAGCCGAUCAAGGGUCAGAGGAACCCAGAACUGCAUCCUUGGUAGACAAUUCCAGUUCAAGGCACAGGCUCGAUCAGGAGACUGGCGCGGCAUCGGUCAAGUCACAGGCAGACUCUACCUCCCGUCGAACAAACAGGUCAUCUCUUCAAAAGGUAUAUACGCAUGGGUCUUCGGUAAGGGACUUCCCUCGCGUGCAUAGUGGUCUUCCACCCACCCCCGACACCAUUUCAACUUCGACCCUGCGCGUCUUUCAAAUAUCAAAUGACUCACUGUCAAAGGGACAAAGUUCGGGCAACGGGCCGGUCAAUUCCUCUUCCUCGGGGAAGACAGCCUCGGUGCACUCGGAAGAUGAGCAUGAGGAUGAAGAUCAUCUCCAAGUGCCGCGUCGACGACAGGGCCAGCCGGCGUCCAUCACGGCUUUCAACAGUCUCCGAGGACUCGAAAGUGAAGGAGCCAUGUUGGACCCUUGUUACACGACGUCAGAAUCGGAACGCCCGCCCUCUGCUAGCGAUGUUCGGCAAUCGGAGGAGCAUGGAGGGCGCAAGAGCUGGUCGAGUGAGGAGGAGGAUGAUAACGUGGAAGACGGGAGGACCAAGUCUUUUGCUUCGAGUAUUGAUCUAUGGUUAAGGGAGAGCCAAAAGCCAAACAAAAUAGUACCGCCACUGGAUCCCUUGAGCUCCGUGUCCCAGGUCGGUGGCCACGAAACGGAUCAUGGCCGAGUGUCGCCGGACUUGUUCUCGUUCCCUACUGGAUCACGCGGUUGGAUGUCAGAUGCGAUUUACGGAAAGCUCGACGGAACGGGGUACAACUGUGCGGGUGGUGUACGAGUGGCUAGUGGGAGCUCGAAUGCCGACUCGGCAUUUGGCAGCCGGAGCUACAUGGGCGACUCACUUCCUACACCAGUUUUUGGUUCAGGCUUUGCGAAGCUUCAUGAGGUCAGGACCAUGGCUCCGCCGCCACCGGAACGCGGGUCAAGUCUCAGGGCAACAAUGGGUCAUCACAUCCCGGGCUUCGACGGGUCGCUGUCAGGCUCGGCUAGUAGUUUACCUGCCUCACCCACCGUACGGCAGUUCCAGACUCCAUUGAAGGACCCCCGGGGCAGGAAGAGCAACAUGGACUCUCCGAGGAUGACCACGACGACAAUCCGUAGCCACAGCAUUGGCCAACGAAGCGACGCCCGCCCGUCGUCAGAUCUAUCCUUCGGUGUUGACAACCGAGCAGCCACCGUCUCGCCCAAGACCCUCUUCAACCCCCCCACUGAAAGAUGA